AUGAUUGUUGAUGAUGAUGAAGCGAUGUUUAAGAUAUACUUUUUGAAUAUAUUCAUUUCUCUUCAUUACAGAUCUUUUUAUAAAUUUGAUGAUCAUUUCCUGCCUUUUACAUUAGAUUUAAAUAUAUUUAUGGGUUUUCAUGUACAUCUUUGUAAAAUUAUUUAUUUGUAUCUUUUAGAACCUAACAAUGUUGAUUUAAAAAAGAUUAAAAAUUUUAGAAAAAAUGCAAGAAAUAUGGAACCAUAUAAAUCUAAGAAUUUAUCGUUAGAUAGUUAUUAUAAAUCUUUUGAUGAAUUAUUAGUUUUUAUUGAGAAAAAUUAUUAA